AUGCAAGCCAUCAGCAAAGAUUGCGAUACGUCGUCCACCUCACUCGGCCAGCGCCGAGGCAUAUCCGACCUGGCGCGAUUCGCCCUUGACCUGACUUGGGCAACUACUCCAAGGGCAGAGUCCGAGACUCCUGCUCGUCCCAGAGACUACCCUUCUCCGCCCAUGUCAGGGUCUCCUCCACUCCCGCCCAAAGCAAACCAAGAGGUUGGUGACCGAGGGCAGCAACCGCAUGGCAGCAGCUAUCCGCCCAUCAGCUCGCAAGAUGCCUACAGGGGAGGACCGCUACCACCGAACACACAGCAGGGCGACAUCCGAGGACCUCCUCCUCCUCAUCCUCCGCCGCAGUCCCUGCCGCCGCCUCCCGCACCACGACCGUAUCAUCCCGAGACGGACAGAAUGGCCUACUCAUAUCCUCGCCCCGACGACCACAUGCGCAAUCCGCCUUCCGGUUACGCCCACAUGGCAAGCCAGGCAUUGCAACAACGACCGCCGCCCUAUAUGCAGAUGCCCGGCCCUCCGCCGCCUCCCCAACAUCAACAUCAACACCAACACAGCUACCCGGCACCGAUGCCGCAGCCUCCCCAGGAAAGCGCUCCCUACACGUCUCCCAAGGCGCAACGAAAGACCAAGGGUCAUGUGGCAUCAGCCUGCGUUCCGUGCAAGAGAGCCCACCUUCGCAACGGCAAGGAAGACGCCUGUGUCGACGUCCAACACAAGAAGCGCGGCCGCCCAAGGCUGAGGGACGACCGAGAAGGCCGUUACGGCCCCUCGACGUACCCGCAUCCCCAGGAUACCGCCGCAGCGGCAGCAGCAAGGAGGCCGUUGAGUCUGUACUCUUCCGGCGGUCCCAUCUCAGGGUACGAUGAUCCCAUCCGACGUAGUCAUUCCUACCGCGUUCUAAAAUCUCAACCAAGCGAACCCCUUCCGCCCCGAUACCUCGAGCGGGCGUCGCCGGCUGACGCAAACCUGUAUGCGCCUCCCCUGACCGCCGCCGCGGUGCCGGGGGGCGUGCCCGAGCCCGUUGUGUUCCUGACCAUGGAGUUGGACAUUGCGCGCGCGUCGCAAUCGUUUGCCGACGCCAUCGGCAUUCCCAACGUACGCGGUCGAAAGCUGUCCGACAUUGUGAUACCGUCGGAACGUGAAAAGGUCCAGAGCUACCAGCGGCAGAUGCAGGACGAGCGUGCGAGGAAAGAGCCCAAUUACCUACCUCCCAUCUUCGGCCAGCACGAGCAGGAGCGCGUGUUCGAGUCGUUGCGCUUCGAGACGGACGAGAUUGCCCGAUUCCAAUUGGAUCGUCAAGACUUCUUCGCUUUUGCAUCGAUCGAUGGGCAGCUGCGAUCGUACCCGAUUCGAAUGGGUCUCGCAAAGCAGGAGUCCAUCUACUUCAUCGUCCUCCUCCUCAACGCCCAUCCGAGGUACCCGUAUCCAUCUCCUUCGCCUCAUGCCAGGGACAUCCCCUACUCGUCGUAUCAGCAGCAGCCUCCACCGCAGCAACAGGCGUACGCUCAACACACGCCGGUAUCUGCCACUUUCGAGCCGGCUCGACCUCGCUUCGGAGAAAGCGCGCUUGCGCCGCGCCCGUCUCCUGGACAACCGCCGCACAUGACGUCCGGCCUCAGUCCCGGCGUUAGCCCCGGCAUGCCUUCGUACGCGGCCUCACCCAGUCGACCUGAUUACCCUGUUGGACCGUCGUCUUACCAGAUUCCGCGCAGUGAACUACCGCCGACCACCCGGCCUCCGCAACCAUCGUUCCAGCUUCCGCCGAUCCGCGCUGGCCCGCACCAGCCUCCUCAGCCCGAGCCCUCGUGGCAGAGGGACGAUCGUUCCGGCCGUGUCGAUAUCGGUGGCCUCCUCGAAAACCCGGACCCGCAGCAGCGCCGUCUGCGCAAUGAUUGA